CUCUCCUCCCCUUCAGCAGUGGCGGUAAUAGCGAGGGCAGAGAGUGCGUCUGAGUCAGACGCUGAGUGUCUUGUGGCUUGAGCAGCCGAGCGCCGUUGUGUGUUGCCGGCGCUGAGCGGUGUGCAGUGCGUGCCUGACGGUGCCGGUGGUAUGAGGUGAGGAGAGAGAUGGCGCGCGAAAUGUGGACGCUCCUGCUCGUGCUCUUGCUCCCGGCCCUUGGCCACGCGCAGAGCGGAGACGGAGACAGUGAAGAUGGGGACGCAGAUCUAGAUGCAGAGCCUGAAUGCUUCAGUGAGAUCAGCCUCAAAGUCAGCAAUAUAACCUGUUACUUUUCUGACGUCAUUAUUGGCACCAAAAUUAGUCUUUGCUCAUUGACACAAGAUGCUAGGUGUUGGAAUUCAACUUUGAAAGGAUCUUAUUUCACUGCAGCCAUUGACAUGAUAUUGGCUAAACAUACACUCACCGUUCAAGAAGGCAAACCGAUUGUUUUGGUGGUAACAGAUAUAGUCAAGCUCCCACCGCCACAGAAUAUUACAGCCAUAUAUGACAAAAACUCAGGAGAUGUAAACAUUAGCUUUAGUGAGUACAGGCAUGACUAUGUGAAGCACUUCAAUUUUCAUGUGGAAAUCUCGAAUGAAACAAAAGUUAUGAACUUUACGAAACAAAAUGAUAAUUUAAUCAUUGCACGGGACAUGCUGGGAGAUGUGAAGGGUGGCUCUAAGUAUUGGGUGAGAGCAAGAGUCAGGCCGCAAACAUUUUAUUUCAAUGGACCCUGGUCAGAAUGGAGCCCGAUGCAAACCUUCACUGUGGACAAAGAUGAUGAACCAGAAGAAGUCCUGUUGUACUCCAUUAUCAUUGCCACCAUCGCCAUUCUGCUGCUUGUCAUCUGCCUGAUCACCCGGUUCCGGAGGAAAGAACUCAAAGCCUACAUCUUGCCAAAUGUGCCACAUCCCAAGACCACUCUCGUCCACAUGCAGAAAUUUAACAAGGGCCUGCUUCUGAGUUUCAACCCGGAGAUCUUCAGCGACCUUCACAUCAACCGACUGGACGAGGUGGGGGAGGACAAAGCGUUCACUGACGGACGAGGAGUGGACGCCCGGAGCCGCUGCCCAAGUCAACUCAGCCAGGUCCUCCUCUGGCAGCUUCCCCCGGGCGACAGCAGCUCUGACGGCUCACAGUCUACACUGCAGGACGAGGACGGGGAGCCGGAGGACCACGGACACGGGGUGGACGCGUCCAGCACGGGGCUGAGGCUCCUGGGGGAGGCGGCCCCCGCAGUGGACUCUGGGAACAGCUCCGACUCUGGAGACCCCUCCCUGAUGAGCACCUGUGCACCACCGCGAGAUUGUAAGGACGAGGCCUACGUCACCAUGUCUUGCCUCUUCAAGACGCAGUAGGUCUGGAGAGAAGUCAGAUGAGAGGAAUGGGAAGUUUUACAGCCUACUGGUGUUCUUUAUGACCAUGCGGAGGCCUGCCAGCCACCAGUUCAGCUGAUAAGUAAAAAAAUGGCGGAUCGGUCGCCUCAGGUUUGACCCUGUUCAGGUGACAUGAAACUAUACUCACACAGACUCUGGUUCAACAUGGCCAACCUGUAGCUGCUUAUUCUUCCAUGCAAGGGGAUGACCAACUGCUGCUUGUUAAGGUUUUAUACUGUGUUCAUGCAAACAGUCCAUGAACCUCUGCGAAUUGCACCAGGUUUUAGCACAACCACUACCGGACAUUUCCAACAGGAACCAACACUGGAACUGUACAUACUCCAGAAAGGAGAGAUGGAUGUCACUGAAGCGUUAAUAAACUCUCACACAACACUGCUUAUUAGCGGCCAUCUAAAACAAGUUCAGAAAAAAGUUCAAAACUGUCACCAGAAAUGGAUUUAUUUCUCUAGUCAUAUCAGCAACAUGACUGAGAUAGAUAGUUACCUUGUGGGGUUCAAUACAAAUUCCACUUCAUCCACUCAGGGUUUUUUUUUUUUUUUUUUAAUCAUUUGAUAUUUUGUAAAGAGCGUCUGAAUGUUUAUUGUAGCACAUAUGUGUUUAGCUAAUUGUGCUGACUUUGAUUCUGCAAAAGAAGUGGCUUGCUUCAACUUGUGCUCGACAUACUAUUCUAACACAAUGUGCACUGACAGUUACUUCCAUUUUCUCAAAAUCAUUCGUCAAUGUUUUGUUGUGAACUUAUUGUUUUUGUUUAUGGUAUGAUUUUAAAGGUUAAAUGUAGUAUUUUAUUGUCACAUCCAUUCAUGCCUUAAGAGAUUGAACAGUAUGUUUGAGGUCAUAGUAACCAUUGUCCUUUCCAAUGUGCCUUUGCAUUCGAUACCUACUAGUCUGUUUCACCAGAUGUAACUGCACUGGUUGAACAAAGAAUCAAGAUGAACAGCAUGCAAGAGAAUAUUGAGCAACACUUUUUUAACAACAAUUGCACAAUGGUAGCCUACGCCAAGAAACAUUUUAUGUUUGACAAAUUAACUACUUCUUACACCUUUAAACUGGAAGAACAGCGUCUCUCUACUUGCUUUGUUGUUUUAGGAUGGUGUCUUGAAAUUCCAGGUGUUUGUUUUUUUGUCUGCAUCACUUUAACAAAGACACCACCCAUACAACAGUUCAAUGUGUCUGAUCCUUGGGCAUUAUAGAAAUGUUAUAGAAAUGACUUAUGUAUUCUUUUUUAGUUUUUGAAAUAAAGAUGACCUUCCAAAGCUCAAA